ACGAGAACAGUUCAGCCUACAAAAAAAAAAAACGAGAACAGUUCAAUUCAGAGGGCAAAUUGGUCCAAAAAAGUCUAAAUGGCUAAUUGGUGAGAAGCCCAUGUCACUUUGCCAAAACAUGGUUGAGAAACUCAUUUUCACCCCAAACGUGAAAAUUUCUUUAUUUUUAUUUUAAAAAGGUAGCUUAUAUUCUCUGUGGCAAAACAUGCACGCAACAUAUUACUACGUUAUCGAAUCUUAUACCAUCACCAUUUAACCAAACAAUAAAGAAAAACAAAAUUUUCAAAGAGACUUUUUUCCAAAUUCAGAUCUCAAAACACGAAUUCGAUCAAUCUUCAUGAAUUCUACAAUGAUCGAAACAGUAUUCACAAGCAAAACUCUCAUCGGAUUCAUCUCCGACACCAAAUCAUUCGAAUCCAUAACCGACGACUAUUUCCAGAUUCUAGAUCUAGACAAAAACGGAAUGUUGUCUCCGUCAGAGCUUCGUCAAGGUCUCAACCAUGUUGUGGCGGUGGAAUCUGAAGUCGCUCCUGGAGAAGAGACUAAUAACGUGUACAAUGCGAUUUUCGAGAGAUUUGGUGAAGAUUUGGUUCCAGAGAAAUUUAGGGAUUUGAUUGCAGAGAUUUUGACGGCGAUGGCGAGAGGAAUCGGAAACUCGCCGGUGAUUAUGGUUGUGCAUAAUGAUGGUUUGAUUAUGAAAGCUGUUCUUCAUGAAUCAGAAAAAGGCAAGUGAUGGAGAUUUUAUUUUUCCUUAUGGGAAAAUUUGAUUUAUAAUUUGGUUAUGUUUGAUUUUGAAAUUCGAAUUAAUGUUGUUGAUUGAUAAAAUAUAACAUUGUAAUUUCUUCUAAUUUUUUUUUUUUUUUUUUUACUUGGGAUGAAAUAACCUGGAGAUCUUUUUAAUUUUGGUAAUAUAUUCAGUUAUACGUCGUGUAGCUA